UGUAAGUCCCAUCGCUCUAACAAAAUAAAAAAAAGAAGCCAGCCUCAGUUUUGUCAAUUAAAAGCUAAACGUUUUUUUUCAACUCUCUCUUAAAACCUUACCAUGAUUAAGAUGAAGCUGGAGGCUUUGGGUCAUCCCACUCCCAGCGAUGUGGCCCUGAGCAAUCGCAAGGAGUUCGCCAGCACAAUCCUCUGGAUAGAGGAUCAAAAAAUCCGUCUUUACACAAUUGAGGAUCGUGAGAUGCUUCGUCAUAUAGACAACCUGAAGGUAUGGGAGGAAGGCUAUGUAAAGUAUUGCGCGGACCUCCAAAUGCCGCCGCUGGAGAGCCAGCAGGAACAACUGGCCUGGAUUUUAAGCCAUGCCGUUCGUCUGGAAUUCCUGGACGGACCAGAGCAGUUUGCGUCCAUCAAUAGCAAAACGGGCCCUCCAAAAACCAAUGGCAAACUGGCCCCAGUGAAGGUUCAGUCCAUUUUUGACGGAAAGAUUAAUGUUCAAGACAAAGCGUUUAUCGAUGGCGUUCGCCAGCUGGCCAGCAAACUGAAUGUGCCACACCAUCCAAACCAUUUGCUGCAGCUGGAGGCGGUGGCGCGAGUGGUCCACGAGCGCCUGUCGCCCGCCAUGAAAGGCCGACAGCCCAUUGUGGGCACCCCAUUCCCCUUCGACAAGGGCAACGACAUCAUCUCGGCCAACGAUCCUGCCUUGGACCUGCCCAUGCGCAUUCUGCGCCUACUCCAGAUCCAGAGCCUGCGUCAGUUGCAGACGCACAUCAACGAGACGAUUGUGGCAGUGCAGAACCUCACGGCCAAUCCAAAGACUGACUCCAAGCUGGGCAAGGUGGGGCGCUAGUUGAGGAGAUUCACGAGAACCAAGCAGCAAUAUUAUGUAGGCCUAUUUAAAUAUUUCUUUAAAUUUAGAUUUAGAAAUUCACUCUUAUUUACGUGAAAUCUAGAAAAGCCAAGGAACAUUCAAAGGCCUAUUGCGAACAUGUAAUUAUUGUAAAUUAAAGGAAUGUAGAUCGAAAUAAAGGUUUAUAUUGUCAAAAAUCUCAUAUCUUACCGAA